GCUGCAGCACUCUAAACAGACAAGCGAACAUAGUUGUCCCGUGUCAGAUGUGUACUGCUGCAGAUGAAUGACAAUCCAGAUAGAUACAGCAACAGCUUCGUCUAUAUCGGAUGGAAGAUGGUGGUGGGUUAGCCAGUGUUUGCCUUGCUACCUCGUCGCAUUCGUCUGAGAGAACUAGGGCGCUGUAAAUUGAAGUAAAAUAAACCUUACUCAGCAAGCCACUGGCCACUUCCAAAUAGUCGUUCAACCAAGGAGCAUUCGAAUCGAAAAAACAAGGAUGAGACGGCGCGAUGCAUUGCCACGGGACACGCAACCUCGCCGCUGACUCGCCCAGUAUAAGAAGGAAUCCAGUGUUCCAGUCCCAAGGACACAAGCAGCAUCAACCGAUCGUCCAGGAAAUGCAGAUGCGUUUCGCCGCCACCUCCGCUUCCUUCGUCCUACUCUGCCUUCUGGCUGCUCUGCUCGGCCACUGGCCCGCCGCCGCUGCUGAGACCGUUAAUGUCGGCGUCAUACUCGACCUGGCCUCUGCCCCCGGGAGGAGGUGGCGGACCAGCAUUAGCAUGGCGGUGGAGGACUACUACGCCACGCACACCAACUCCACCACCAGGGUCGACCUGCAUUUCCGGGACUCGUCCGGCGACGCCGUCGCCGCCGCUUCCGCCGCGGUGGACCUGAUCAGGAACGCCAAGGCGCAGGCCAUCAUCGACGGGUCGCGGACGGCCGCCGCCGCCGAGUUCGUGGCGCGCAUCGGCGACCGCGCCCACGUGCCCGUCCUCGCCUUCUCCGCGGCGCCCGCGACGUGGACCGCGCGCUUCUCCGUGGCCACCGCGCCGGGCGACUCCUCGCAGGCCGCGCCCAUCGCGGGCGUCCUGGAGAACUUCCACUGGCGCUCGGCGGUCCUGCUGCACGAGGACUCGCGCUCCGGCGCCGGCAUCGUCCCGGCGCUCUCCGACGCGCUCCGGGGCGCCGGCGCCACCGUGGCGCACCGCGCGGCGGUGCCGGCCGACGCGUCCGACGACCGCCUCGACGCGGUGCUGUACCGCGCCUCGGCGAUGACGGCGCGCGUGUUCGUCGUGCACAUGCCCUUCCCGCUGGCGCUGCGGCUGUUCCACAGGGCCAAGGGCGCCGGCAUGAUGUCCGACGGGUACGUCUGGAUCGCCACGUCCGCCGUGGGCGACACCGGCGACGGCGACGGCGACGCGCUGGGCAGCGACGACGCCGACGCGAUGCAGGGCGUCGUCAGCGUCCGCCAGUACGCGCCGCCCACCAGCGAGGUCAGCGACUUCGCCAGGCGGUUCAAGGCGAGGUUUCAGCUGGAGAACAAUGGCUCUCAGGACACCACGGAGCCGACCACGUCGACGCUCCAGGCGUACGACACGGCGUUCGCGGCCGCCGCGGCCGUUGAGGCGGCCGGGAUCUCUGGCUCGGCCUUCGAGCCACCGACAGGAGGAGGGACGGAGCUGGACCAGCUCGGCGUGUCUGCCACCGGCGAGAAGUUGCUCAAGGCUGUGCUCGACACGACAUUCGAGGGGCUGGCAGGGAAGUUCAGGCUGCUGGACGGGCAACCGCAGACGCCGGCGUACGAGAUCGUGAACUUCGCCGCUGACGGGCUCACGACGGUGGGGUUCUGGACCACGAAGAGUGGGGUCUCGCAGGAGUUCGACGCCGGCAGCGGUGAAGGUUUGAAGAAAGUAAGUUUCCCCGGCGCGGGAGAAUCUGACACGCGAAUUCCGGACGGGUGGGCUUUCUCGCCGGUGGAACGGUCGCUUGUCAUCGCCGUGCCGGUGAAGCACGGGUUCCAGCAGUUCGUGCAGGUGUACAACGACACGACGAGCGACAGGACGAUGGUCUCCGGCUACUGCAUCGACGUGUUCGAGGCGGCCAUCAAGGCACUGCCCUACCCGGUGUACUACCAGUACGCGCCGUACUACGGCAUCGGGAACGCGAGUUCGUCUUCUUACGACCAGAUGGUAGAGCUGAUUCCCGAGGAGAAAGCCGAUGCGGUCGUCGGCGACGUGUCGAUCACGGUGGUCAGAAUGGGGGAUGCGGACUUCACCAUGCCGUACACCGAGUCGGGAUGGUCGAUGGUCGUGGCGGUGCAGGCGCAGACGGCCACGGGCAUGUUCUUCUUCCUCAAGCCGCUCACGCCCGCGCUCUGGCUCGUCAGCCUCGCCGCCUUCAUCUUCACCGGCUUCGUCAUCUGGGUGAUCGAGCACCGGAUCAACCCGGAGUUCCGAGGCACGCCACUGCAGCAGUUCGGCAUCAUCUUCCACUACGCCUUCUCCACCCUUGUCUUCGCGCACAGGGAGAAUGUGGUGAGCAACCUGUCCAAGUUCCUGAUGGUCAUAUGGGUGUUCGCCGUCCUGAUCCUGACGUCGAGCUACACGGCCAGCUUGACAUCGAUGCUGACGGUCCAGAAGCUCCGGCCGGCAGUGACGGACGUGAAUGAUCUCAUCGACAACGGUGACUACGUCGGGUACCAGGAGGGUUCCUUCGUCCACGGCGAGCUUCUGCAGAUGAAAUUCGACCCGAGCAGGCUGAGGAGCUACAGCACGCCGGCCGAGUACGCGGACGCGCUGUCCAAGGGAUCGGCCGGCGGCGGGGUCGCUGCGGUGUUCGACGAGGUCCCGUACCUCAAGGUCUUUCUGUCGCAGUACUGCGACGGCUACACCAUGUCCGGCCCCGUCUACAAGGGCACGGGCCUCGGGUUCGCGUUUGCGAGAGGCUCUCCCAUGGCGACGGAGGUGUCGCGCGCCAUCGUGGGGCUGACGGAAGGCGACGACAUGGACCUCAUCGAGAGGAAGUGGUUCGGCGUGCCCGGGUCAUGCGUCGACGGCGUCGACGCGGACAACGCCAGCCUCACCCUGUGGAACUUCAGUGGGCUGUUCCUCAUCACCGCCGUGGCGGCCACGCUCGUGCUCCUCGCCUACCUCGUCACGUUCAUCUACCGGGAACGGCACGAGGUCCGGGCGGCGGCGGAGCCCGGGUCCGGGAGCGUGUCGCUCAAGCGGUUCCGCGCGUGGCUGCAGCACUACGACCGCAAGGACAUGUCUGCGCCCCACUUCAGGCAGCAGCAGGGAUGGAGCGACUCGCCGUCGACGAACGGCGGCAGCAGCCAUGGGAGGAAGAGGGAGGGGGCGGAGCAGGAGGAUGCCACAGCCACGCGCGAUUUCGGUGGGCCCCGGGCGUCGCCUCUGAGCGACCACUCCCGCAUGGACUCGGUUUCGCGCUCGCCGCUGGAGCGGAAGGGGUCCAACGAGUUCAGGACCCCGUUCGAGCAGCGGAUGGGGGAGGCGGCAGCCGCGUCCGGGGAGAGACGCUCGUCCACACCAGAGCGCAAGCAGUCGCUGAAGUUUGCACAGGACACCGAGGAAAGAAAGAAGCUGCCGUUAUCCCCGUGAACGUGAAUGUAAUUUGACAAUUUGUACUACCUGCGCCGGUACAGGCAAAAC